GCCACCCUGCCAAGCAGAGCUUGUUUCAAGGGUUGUGACUGCAGCAUUCCUAAUCUUUAAUCCAUCUAAUGAUAGCCGGGGGUCAGCCUCUUAUCUAAAGAAGCUGCAAAUUAGCCUUAAACUGUUUUGAAUUUCGCGCCUCUAAACCGCCCUCCUGGCCACCCAAAGCUCGUGGCAUGUCCAUUUCAAAGAGGAGCCAAUCAGAACACGCAAAGGAUGCGCCCGAUCGCUCAUUGGCUGCUCCCAGGAGAGACACGCCCUCUUGCCUAUAAAAAGGCCGCACUCGACCCUCGCAACUCACCUCAGUCGGAGGAGAGAUUGCUGCGUGGCCUGAAAAUGAACCGCUUCAGCCCCGUCAUUUCCAGGCCCGAAGACCUCAAUUGCUGCUUCUGGGACAUACUGCUACUCCUCGCCGGGGAGCCGGCCUUCGAAUUCCUGCGGGAAGCGCUCUCCGCUCCUCCCGGCGCGCCGGACGAGGCCUGGCCCGUCGAUUCGCCUCACCGGGCCGAUGGUUGCUUCGCCGAGACGUCGGAAGGCGGCUUAGGAGAUGCUGCUCCGCCGGGAAAAGCCCGAAAGGAUUUACCUCACGCUGAUGAAAGGAGAGGCCUCCCCGAUGACGGGGAAUGGGCUACCGGAGGCCACCAAGCCCCCAGUGGCUUUCCUCCCCAUCCUAUAGGCCAGUGGUCUAUACGGGCCUUGCGCCUACUUGAGCGGUCAGGGCACCCCAGGAUUUGGAAAGCGUACAACGCGGGCUUGAUGCUGUUCAUCGCCUAUCGAGUGACCGUACAGUUCCCCUCCGUUUGGCCCAUCCCGGGAUACCAGCUCCGAGGCUUUCUUCUGUCUCUGGAUUCAGAAGGUUUCGCCGCAGCCAGAAUACUGACCUACCUGUCUGGCCUUUCCUAUCUAUCCCAGACUUUCAAUUUCCAGGAUCCGCUGCAGGACUUGUUCACAUCCCACAUGAUCGUCUGCAUGCAGUGGCAGCGAGAACCUCCGAUCCCGCUGAGCAUGGAUACCCUGGAAUCGUUGCUGGGAGCCCUCGAAAGAGUCUGCGGCUGUUUCUACGAGUGCCUUAUGUUUCGGGCGGCGUUUUUGCUGUCCUUCCACGCAGCCCUGCGGCCUAAAGAGAUUGUGGCUAAGACCUGCACAAGAUUCCAUCCAGAACUGCUCUGCUUGGACGAUAUCGAAAUGGAGGAAGACCGUGUCGGCCUUAACGUCACGGCCCCCGAGAUGGGCGCAGGGCGCGUCACGUACUGGUUGCGAUCCAUGGAGCAACCGUGGCUUUGUCCUGUGCUGGCGCUCAAAAAUUACUUGGCGGUGAGACCUGCUGGCGAAGGGCCUCUCUUCCUGUAUGGCAAUUGGCACCUGCUGUGCAAACGGCGAUUCUUGGAAGUUUUUCACGGAAUGAUCCCAGGCACUGACGCAGCCCAAGGAAAAUAUGCUCAGAUGCUGUUUAAUGAGCUGUUUGAAGGCUACUCCAAUGCUCUACGACCCGUUGAAGAUACAGAUAUGGUUCUGAAUGUUACCCUUCAGAUCACGUUGUCCCAAAUAAAAGAUAUGGAUGAGAGAAACCAAAUUUUGACAGUCUACCUCUGGAUCCGCCAGACGUGGCAUGAUGCCUAUCUGAAGUGGGACAAAGACAGAUACGAUGGAUUAGAUUCCAUCCGGAUCCCCAGCAAUCUGGUAUGGAGACCAGACAUUGUACUCUACAACAAGGCUGACGACGACUUUUCCGAACCGGUGAACACAAACAUCGUCUUGAGGUACGACGGGAAGAUCACGUGGGACUCGCCCGCCAUCACCAAAAGUUCCUGCGUGGUAGACGUAUCCUACUUCCCUUUCGAUAGCCAGCAGUGCAAUCUCACCUUCGGCUCGUGGACUUACAACGGGAAUCAAGUGGACAUCUUCACCAUGCUGGACUCGGGCGACCUCUCGGACCUCAUCGAAGACGUGGAGUGGGAGAUCCAUGGCAUGCCGGCGAUUAAGAACGUGGUUACGUACGGUUGUUGUUCCGAGCCUUAUCCAGACGUUACCUUCACGCUCAUCUUGAAGAGGAAGUCGUCUUUCUAUAUCUUUAACCUGCUGCUUCCUUGUCUCUUGAUAUCAUUCCUAGCUCCGCUGGGAUUCUACCUCCCUGCGGACUCGGGAGAGAAAGUAUCGCUCGGAGUUACGGUACUCCUUUCGCUGACCGUCUUCCAGCUCAUGGUUGCGGAAAGCAUGCCGCCUUCUGACAACGUGCCCUUGAUAGGGAAGUAUUACAUCGCCACCAUGACAAUGAUCACUGCGUCGACCGCGUUGACCAUCAUUAUAAUGAAUAUUCAUUAUUGUGGUUCGGGGGCCAAGCCUGUCCCGCAUUGGGCAAGAGUGAUCAUUCUGGAUUACAUGUCCAAGAUCUUUUUUGUGUACGAUGUGGGUGAAAACUGCACCAGUAUGCAGUGCGCGGGAGACCAGGACUUGGCAACAACGCAACCAGCCCACGCAAGUCCAACAGAGCAAGAUGGAUGUGAAGAGAGAAGGAAGGCCCUUCUUAAGGCGGGCAUGAGGGACGGGGACCCCCUCAAGAAGAAGCCGAUGGAUGGAGAGAACGAGGCGAACGGACUCGGGAUCCGGGACCCGGUUGUCUGCUGCUCUUGUUACCGAGCGUUGGUCAAGAAUAUCGAAUAUAUUGCCGAUUGCGUGAGGCGCCACAAAGCCAACCACGCCAAAGGAAUGGAAUGGAAAAAAGUCGCCAAAGUGAUGGACCGUUUCUUCAUGUGGAUUUUUUUCCUUAUGGUCUUCUUCAUGAGUGUUUUGGUUAUCGGGAAAGCUUUUUAA